CAAUUAAUGUAUUAGUAAUUUCUGACCCAUUGCAGUCUGCUACCUGACCCACCACAUAUAGUAUACACACCUAUGUGCAACUUCGCCCAUAUCAAAACAAAACAAAAAGCCAGUUUGUAGAAGUCCAGUGACGAAUGAAGACACAGUUGCCGUUACGACAAGGCUGGCCAACAGCGGAUAAAAUGAAAAAGGUACAUAGUGGUUCAAAUUCUUCUAACGAAAAUGACGAUUAUAAAUGGGAGGACAAGGACAAGCAGAGAUUAACGCUAUCACGAUGGUGCCGGCCAUCUUGCAUACCGAUUUCAUUGCUGCUGAUUGUUAUAGUGCUUGUUGUCCUUUUACCUUUGUUGGAGCACAAUGAAAAGUUGUAUUAUAUGCGAGCAAACGCAAAUAUCUUAAGAAAGGAUACAUGCGAUCAAGGAUGCCAUAUCCAAAUAGUGGAAAGUAUACCGGAGGGAUUAAUAUAUCCAAAAGGUAGUCCAACGUUUAUGUCAACCUACGACGCAUGGAAAACACUAAUUGGACUUGCCACACAGACUAUUGAAAUAGGGUCAUUCUAUUGGACGUUAAGAGGCGAAGAUGUCUACAAUCAUUCGAGCGCUUGGCAGGGAGAAGAUAUAUUUCAAUCGCUUCUUGAAACGGGGUUGAAUGGUAAAAUUGCUAUUAAAGUAGUCCAAAGCGCACCUAGUUCCGCAAACCCAAGCGUAGAUACAGAUAUUCUGACAAAACGUAAUGCUGCUAUUGUUCGCUCAGUUAAUUUCCCACGGUUGUUCGGUGGCGGAGUUUUACAUACCAAGGUUUGGACCAUCGAUCGAACUCACUUCUAUGUGGGAAGUGCAAACAUGGAUUGGCGAUCAUUGACGCAAGUCAAAGAGCUGGGCGUUCUGGCAACUAACUGUUCUUGUUUAGCUACAGAUAUAGCUAAAAUAUUUGAUGUAUACUGGGACAUGGGAGUCCCUAAUGCUCAAAUACCGUCUCAAUGGCCUCAAGCGUAUGCUACUAAGUACAAUUUUAACAAUUCACUGUUGGUUGAGUUCAACGACAAAUUCAAAAUUGACACUUACUUUUCGAGUUCUCCACCGCCCAUGUCAACCCAGGGCCGUGCGCAUGAUGUAGAUGCAAUUGUUAAUGUGAUACAACGUGCAGAUAAAUUCAUUCACAUUUCCGUAAUGGAUUAUUUUCCUCUUACGCUGUAUACAGCUAAAUCACAUUACUGGCCUAUAAUUGACGAUGCUCUGCGCGGAGCGGCUAUUGAACGAAAGGUAGCCAUUCGAUUGCUAAUUUCACAUUGGAAGCAUUCACGACAAUCUGAGCAAUACUUUCUGAAUUCGAUCGAAGCACUGUCCAAUAGUAUCCCUGGAGUUACAAUCGAAGUUAAACGGUUUAUUGUUCCCUCCAGCAAAGACCAGGACAAGAUUCCUUUCGGAAGAGUAAACCACAAUAAGUACAUGGUCACAGAUAACACGGCAUAUAUUGGCACUUCCAAUUGGUCAGGGGAUUAUUUCAUCAACACUGCUGGGAUCGGUUUGGUAAUGUCUUCCUUCGAAACCAACGGAACAAUAGUUGGUGAUCUACAGGCUAUAUUCGAUAGAGAUUGGAACAGUAAAUACGCUGUUAGGACUGAUUAGUACGGCUGAUUUUAUUACUGAUA